CGCCAUAAUUUUCGUAUCGCCUAAAACCGUAGCGUUGUGUUCUCCCUGCUCAUCUCUGAAGAAAAUUGGCCCUGGCGAUCUCCCAACUUAUCUUUGAUGAAUAUGUUUGCCUGACCGGCUAUGUAAAUUGAACACAAUAAUCUUAAUUCGUGUUUUCAUUAGAAAACCUAGGUGAAUAAUCAUACGGAUUUCGCCUAACACUGUUCGUAUUCGGUGUAUAAACUCUGUGGGCCCUCACGCUCAGUUGUGUAAGGCCAACAUCCAAUCUUUAUUAAGAGCAGUUACUGGCAUGUCCCCCAUUGAAUAUACAGCCAUAAGGAAAGGAACGAAGACACGUGCAAUAGACGAUUGACAAUCUUUUGUUUUGAUUUUUCAAAGUGACAUAAUAUUAUACAAUGGAUAAAUUGAAAGAUCCUAUCAUUUGUGUACCAGGUCAGAGAUUGUGUGUAUCAGAUAAAAUUAAUGUACCAGGACCAGGAACGUACGAACAGCAUGGAUACAUCUAUUCAAAACUUGCUGGUGUUGUUAAACUGGCAAAGAAUGAAAAUGUUUGUACAAUUGAAGUACACAGCAUGACGGAGCAGAGUAUUGUACCUGCACCAGGAGAUAUUGUGACAGCAAUGGUGACAAUAGUCAAUCAAAGAUUCUGCAAAUGUGUAAUUAAAUGUAUAGGUGAUAUUGUAUUAACAAGACCCUACAGAGGUGUGUUACGGAAAGAAGAUGUGAGGGCAACAGAAAAAGACAGAGUUGAAAUGUACAAAUCCUUUCGACCAGGAGAUAUUAUUCUUGCUCGAGUUAUGCCAAUGAUUGAUGUUCACACUUACCAACUUUCCACAGCAGAGAAUGAAUUGGGUGUCGUUAUAGCUUAUAGUGAAGGAGGUGCUUCCAUGAUACCAAUUAGCUGGACACAAAUGCAGUGCCCUAAAACAUUGGCUGUCGAAUUUCGCAAAGUGGCAAAAGUUAUUCCAGAACAGAUUGCUCUCGAAUAAUAAAGUGUUUGGUUAGUGAAACUAAUCACAGGUGUUUAUUUUUCUACUUAUAAUUUACAACUCUUGUAAUAUAUGAUAUGAAGAAA